CACUUGAGAUUCCUUUUGCUUGAGAAAACCCAGAGAACUGAAUACUUUACAUAGAUCUAGCUACAACAACUUCUCUCAACCCUUUUCAUUCUUUUCUCAUCAUCUGCUGCACUUGAUUUAGAAUCAUGGCUUCAAAACUUGAAGGUGGAGCUUACCUCUCUUCUUUUGUUGAUGCUAUUUCAAAGAAGCUAUCUUCAAUACUUGAAGAUGACUCUCUUCUGGAAGGAAAUGACUCUGUCCUGGAGUUGCUUGAAAGGUUGGAUGAAAUUCUGUGUGAUGUUGAACAUGUGCUUGAUGAUGCUGAGCUGAAGCAGUUCCGUAACGAUAGAGUGAAGAAGUGGCUUGUUGAUCUCCAAGAUGCUCUCUACAUGGCUGAUGACUUUCUCGAUGAACUCUCCACUAAAGCUGCCACUGCCACUCCAGGUAACUCUUCUUCCUGGUCUCGCCCUGUUGAUUCAAUUAUUGAAGAUAGGGAUGUCAAUGUCAUUGAAAAAAUAGUUGGCAAACUAGAAUCUCUUGUACGACGAAAAGGUAAACUUGGACUGGAAAAGAGUGCCAAGUUGGACACAUCUUGGAGAAUUCCAUCCACAUCUCUCGUUAUUAGUUCUGACGUAGUUGGUCGGGACGAAGACAAGGAGAACAUAAUCAAAUUGCUGUUAGAUGAUACCUGCGAUGCUGAAUCACAUGUAACUGUGAUUCCCAUUGUGGGUAUGGGCGGGAUAGGAAAAACUACUUUGGCUCAAUUGGUUUACAAUGAUGCCAAAGUCAUGGGAAAAUUUGACACCAGAGCAUGGGUGUGUGUUGCUGAAAAUCCUGACCCAGUUCAUGUUACAAGGACAAUAAUAGGGGCAAUAGAUUCUUCUCCCUAUAACACAGAUAACUUUGAUUCACUUCAGACUGAUUUGAAGAAGAAGUUGACAGGCAAGACCUUUAUUGUUGUUUUAGAUGAUGUCUGGGAUGAGCAACCAGACAUGUGGGAGAAUUUUCUAAAACCUUUUCACUAUGGGAAUAACGGGAGUAAGAUUCUCCUAACAACCCGUAGCGGAAAUGUUGCUUCUGUGUUCGCACCUAACAGUCUACAUUACCCACUAAGUUUAUUGUCGGAGGAAGAUUGUUGGAAAGUGUUUUUGAAGCAUUCAUCCAUUUCUUCUGGUUCUAAACAAUAUGCAAUUUUAGAGCCAAUUGGUAGAAAAAUUGUUCAAAAGUGUAAGGGGGUACCUUUGGCUGUGAAGACACUUGGGGGUUUGUUGCGCAAUAAGUAUAAUGAAGGAGAUUGGGAGAAUGUACUUGAUAGUAAAAUUUGGGAACUCUCGGAAGAUGUCAGUCCUGCAUUAAGAGUUAGUUAUCACUACCUUCCUUCACAUUUAAAGCGAUGUUUUGUUUAUUGUUCACUAUAUCCAGAGGAUUAUCAAUUUGACAAAGACAAAUUAAUUUUGUUAUGGAUGGCUGAAGAUCUUUUACAACCAAAGGAAAACAACACCUUAGAAAAUAUUGGUUGUGCAUAUUUUGAUGAAUUAGUUGCAAGGUCGUUUUUUCAACCUGUUGGUACUAACAGAAAGUUAUUUAUAAUGCAUGAUCUUAUGCGCGAUCUAGCAACAUUUUUUGCUGGGAAAUUCUAUUUCAAACUUAAAGACUUUGGCAAUCGAUGCAUGAUAGAUAACAAAACUCGUCAUUUGUCAUAUGUUACAAAAUUUGAGGAUAGCAUCAAAUUAUUUCGAGAGGCCUAUAAUGGAGCAGUACACCUGAGAACAUUUUUAGAUUUUACUUUGCUUCGCCGUCGUCAAUCAAUUGAUAUUGAAAGCGAUUCUUGGCUCUUACAACAACAAUUAGGGUGUUUAAGAGUUUUGUCAUUUAAACGCUCUUCUAUAGAGUCAUUGCCUGAUUCAAUAGGUGAAUUGAUUCUUUUGCGUUACUUGAAUCUCUCUUAUGCACCUAUUGUGACAUUGCCCGAGUCAAUAUGUAAAUUAUACAAUCUCCAAACUUUGAAGUUAAAGAAUUGUGCUCGAUUAGAGAUGCUUCCCAGCUGCAUGGAAGAUCUUGUGAACCUGCGUCACCUUGAUAUUCGAGGAGCUUCUCGUCUGAAAGAGAUGCCGAAGGGAAUGAGCAAGUUAAAGCAUCUAAACUUCUUAAGUGAUUAUAUCGUCGGCGAGCAUGAAGAAAAUGGGAUAAGAGAACUGGGAACGCUGGACAAUCUCCAUGGCUCAUUUUGCAUUUCCAAGUUAGAGAAAGUCAAGAAUAGUGGUGAAGUUUUGGAGGCAAAGAUGGGUAACAAGAAGCACAUCAACACUUUAGAAUUGAAUUGGCUUCGAGAUGGUGACAUUGAUGAUGUUCAAACUGAAAGAGAUAUACUUGACAAGUUACAACCUCAUCAAAACUUGAAAGAGUUAUCAAUUGGGGGUUAUCGGGGUGAAACAUUCCCAGAUUGGUUAGGCCUUUCUUGCUACUCCAAUAUGACCAAAUUGAGUCUGGAUUGUUGUAUGAAUUGUUGUGAGCUUCCUUCAUUGGGACAGUUACCCUCUUUACAGCAUCUGGAGUUUUCUAAUCUUGAUGGGUUGGAGAGAAUCGAUUUUGAGAUUUACAACAAAAAAAAUGGAUCAUUUCAGCAGAGGACACCCUUCGAGUCUCUUGAAACUCUGAAAAUUAAGAGCAUGUGUGGUUGGCGAGAGUGGCAUAUUCCUGAUGAGUUUGAUGGUUUUCCUGAGCUUAGAUUCCUUGAGAUAAGAAGUUGUCCGGUGUUGAGGGGAGGUCUGCCUGCUCACCUUCCGUCUCUGGAGAAACUUGAGAUUGUUGAAUGUGAAGAGCUUGCAUGUCCGCUGCCGAGGGCUCCCAAGCUUCACCGAUUACUUGUAGAGGGUCCUUCUGCGUCUUACAGGGAAGGGUUCCCGCCCAAUAUAUUAAUUUCAGGAACCCAGCUGGCGAAUUCCGUAUUGGAGUGGCUACUACUGCACAUCCAACUGCCACGUGUCCAUCGUCUGCGUAUAAUUAACUGUGAGUCAGCGAUAUCAAUUUCAGGAGAUUAUUUGCCGGCUUCAUUACAAUAUCUGGAAAUCUCUGAUUGUUCAAAAUUAACAUUCUCCGAGCACGUGCAACACAAGUCGCUAACGGAGAUAGAGGUAAAGGGGUGUGGUUCACUGACGUUGUUUCCAAUGGCGGGCUUUCCAAAUCUCACGGAACUCGUAAUCAGUGAAUGCCAAAGCAUGGAAAAACUUCAUGUUGAGGUACCACAGGCUCUUCCGAAUCUCCUUUUUUUAAGGAUCUCAAAGUGCCCCAGUCUAGUAUCCUUGCCGUCGCUAGGGUUGGCUGCGCCCAACCUACAGUGGCUGCGUAUAGAAGAUUGCCGAAAAAUCGAUUGUUUUGCUGAGGAGUGCCUCCCUCCGAGUUUGAACAUUCUUGAGGUCAUUGAGUGCGAGAAACUAGCGAGUUGGAUUACAUCAAAUGUUUUGCAGUGUGAAGGCCUUAUCAAUCUUAAGCUUGCUUCAUGCUUUGAUAUAAAGUCGUUCCCAGGAGAGGGUUGCCUUCCUGCUUCUCUUGAUUGUCUUAUAUUGCGCGAGUUUCCAAAUCUGGAGACGCUUGACUGCAAGGGGCUUCACCAUCUUACCUCUCUCAAAACCUUAGCAAUUGGUGACUGUCAAAAGCUUGAGAAUAUCACAGAAAAACAUUGGCUUGCCUCCAUAGAAAAUAUCUACAUGGGGGAAGAAUGUCCUUUGAGGCGUAAGCUGGAAGAGAUGGAACACCCACGGAUUCAAUUCAUUCCAAAUCCGCCUUUUCUUUAUGAUCCUAAUCCAUGCUCCACCAUGUAGUGUGCAAUGAAAGCGAGUCAGUGGCAUUCGGGUUCUAUGUUUUUCAGCAUACUCUUGCAUUGGGUCUUCCAGAUUUGCGCUCAUGGAAUUCGAUAUGUAUUGCUCAUCUGACUCUUUUCAUUUGCCAAAAUUGAAUGAAAGAUUGAAGAGUCAACAUUAAUACAUGGCUGAGGCAAGGUUUAUUUAUGAAUGGAGCAACUUGCUAUACCAAUGAAUCUCUUGAACCACCCACUAUGUCAAUUAAAGAAUUUGCUUCUGCUGCAAAGAAAGCAAAUAAUCAAGAGUCUAAGAUUGCAAGAAGAUGCAUGUCGUUUCGUGGAUAUGAUAAUGCAAGCAUCCGAUGAUAAACUAAUGAAUGGUUCUUGUAAAAGGCUUCCUUCCUUGAUGUAUAUUGAGUUAUUGACUCUGAGAAAGGCGCAGUUUCAAGCAUCUUGUUUUGUGUGUUGGCCAUCAUAUCUUGGUUGCGCUUACUGAAAGACAUCAGAUGUGGGUAUUGGGCUUCCAAAAGACCCUGAAAGCAGUACAAUUUCUUGCCUGAAACUAUUGAAACUGCUAGCCUAUGUGGUGCGGAAAAAACUGGUAGCAAUUCAAUGCUUGGUUGCACCUAGCUAAAAUGUCUCAAACUAGAAAAUCACCUGCGUCUUUAGUGUGUGGCUUCUUGAAUCCUCAAGAAGGAAGAGCUUUUCUUCUUCCACGUGAAUCUUGAACCAUUCAACUGAUUUUGGGAUAUGUAAAGAGUAAUGAGGUCUGCAUGAAUAAAAGGCAAAGAUGAGGAGGAAAGAGUCUGUCCACAUGAAGGAUCCAAAAAUUUGGUACAAAAUAGAAAAUUUCCCUUGUAUGGGUCAUUGAUGAGGUUGAUAGCAGAUGGAAUUGAUGUUCCAACAUCUUGUAUUUUGUUUUCAUUCUCUCCGGAAGUUAUUGCAUGUUCUCCAAAUGUAUAUUUUCUGCAUCAAGUUUUUCUUUUUCACAUAAGAAAUUUCAUGCAGAUAUAUAUAUUUUUUUCAAGUGUCCGUCAGUGAAGGAGUGUAUAGAAUAUAGAUUAAUAGCUUAGAGUAUGAGGUAGAUGUAGUUUUUAACAGAAUUCAGGUACUUUCUGUUAAAGGAAACUUUCCGAUAUUUCUGUUUUCCGGUGUAACAAACUCUUGGCUAUAGUAGUGCGUACUCUGCUAUAUAUACACAUAGCUGUUCUUGUAAAUAUAAUUGCAAUCAUUAAUAUAAGUUCAUUUUCAUCACUUUG